AUGAGCAGUCUAGACUCAAAUGUAACUGCAUCAUCCAAACACGAUUCCCCUAAACGGCAACCAGAGGAUGGAUCUGGUACUAAUGACGACCCUUUGCAGCGCAUUCUCAAUGAGAGGAAACGGAAGUUGGCAGAAUUGUAUUGUGUAUCACGUCUUCCUCUGCUCCCAAUCUCCCCUUCUCAGGUAUCACAGAUUGGGGAAAACCUGAUGCGAUUCUUGGAACGUAACGACUUGGAGCAGGGACGGCAAUUUAACAUUACAACACUAACAGGCGAUAAGUCUCAAAAACAGCCUCCCGUCUCUAAGGAAGUCUCUACUGCAGACCAGUUGGAAUCUCCCCACUGGCCCGUGAAGGAAGACGAAGAGACCACUAAGGAUGAACCUCCACGCAAGAAACAGAAAACGGCCAGUACUUCAGCUGAGCCACAGAAAGCAACCCAUAAGGAAUCUAAGAUGACCAUGAUGCACCAAGAAGUAACGGAAUCAGAAGCACCUACUUUGUCCUCUUUGAUUCGAAAGUAUGCACAAGAUGAAGUUCCCAUACGACCGGACGAUCCAACUGAUAGAGAUUUAAAUUUUGAAUUACUUGAUCGAAAUAAGACGAUAAUUCAAGCUCUCCCUGAAAUAUAUCCUCACAAAAUAGCUGAUUCUGCAUCGUUGACCGAGCUUUAUUAUCUAACACAGACAUUUCCAUUGGCAAAACUACUUCCUCGAUCCCAUAAAUCUCUAACCACAGAUGCCUACGAAUCAGCGUUGUUAGAGGGCAAAAUAGCAGUCCUUUAUUCAAGAAUAGAAGAGUUGAAAAGACAACGAAAAUGGUCAUUGAGGCAACCAAAAAGAUUUAUAGAUCCCUUCACCAGAGAGUCACCCACUCAUUGGGAUCAUCUUCUUGCUGAAAUGAAGUGGCUUUCAGUAGAUAUCAUGGAAGAAAGAAAAUUUAAAGCCGCUUCUUGUGUACAGCUGGCCCAAGCGGUUUCGGAUUAUUGGACUUAUGGAAAAAUUGUCUGUAUUCAAAGGAAACCCCUUAUUUUUUUGACGGAUGAAGAGAUUAAGGAAAGAACAGUAACGAAGGUAAUGAAGACCGAGGUAGAUAAUGAAAACGAACAUGACCAUGAUGAUAAUGAUAUAUUUAAGGAUGCACAAGAGGAGCCUCGAGCCAUGGAUCAAGAGCAAAACCAGCCUUUUGAAGAAAAUGCGACAAUUGAUGUAGCAAAGCUUUUGGAACGACCCAAUCCAAAAGACGAAAUCAUUCCCCCCGCUCUUCCUACGUAUUCCAUGGGGGAUUACAAGAGAUUAAACCAGAAUGCCGAACCUUUUAAGCUACACAUUGGACUAGAUGACUUUAAAAAAGAAGAUUUGGUUCUUGUUGAAAAGCUCCCUUUGUCAUUCAUAUUUGAUGACAAUCUUUCUGACUCCAAGAAGAAGCUAAGCGAAUAUGAGAAAGCUCCUAUAGCCGCCAUAUCUACGUUGUUGGCUCCCCCAGAGGAUGAUGAAUGGUACAAGAUUGUUAUUCGGCGUGAUCCUGCAAGUGAACUCAGUGCAUCGCUAGACUAUCAGAAAGGUUUGUUUGGAGCUUCGAGUCAGCGACGGUACAAUGUUCUCAAGCCCCCAAAACCACCCCCUAUCAAGAACUUGGAGUUGAGGACACCCACCAUUUGGCUUCCUCAAGAUGACAAGCUCUUGAUUCGGUAUGUUGCUGAGUAUGCUUUUAACUGGGAUAUUAUUUCUGCUCAUUUAUCAGCAAGACCGGCUAGGGCUUAUGUGGCAAACAUAGAGAGAAGAACCCCUUGGCAAUGUUUUGAAAGAUAUAUUCAAUUGAACGAUAAGUUCCAGUUCACUGAUAUGAGAGGUCAGUAUGCUCAAUCAGCCCAAGCUUGGUUAGAGGCGGCACAUAAGACCCAAAGCACCACUAAGAGAAGAAUAUCGCCUCUAGGAGUUGGUAUUGAAUCGAUUCAGAGAGGUCACCGCAGAUUAAGAUGGGGAUCAAUGCUUGAUGCAAUGAGAAAAUGUAUGAGAAGAAGAGAAAAUAUCAAUCGUUCGAGUCAAGUCGAAAGAAAGCAUACCAGUGAUGACAAGAGAACAAAUGUUCCUACACCGGAAGAACUUUCAAGACUCAAGUAUGAUAGAGACAAGGCAAUUCAAGAGGCUUAUAUGCACCAAAACUCUGGAACCUUCUCUUCCGCACGUCCACAUACACAAAGCUCGGCUUUAUCUCCCUCAAAAGGAAAAAAUGCUCCCCUGCCAACUUCAGCACAGCAAACUGGCACUCAUCCCUAUACUAAUGGAAUUCCUCCAAAAGGAACCUUGCCUAAGACCACUACUCCAGCACCUGGCGUUCCUUCAACCCAGCCUGGUACUCCCAAUACAAGACAACCCCAAGUAUCAUCUAGAGUAGCUACUUCUCAGAAUACUACUCCUGUCACAAAUAGAACUGGUACUCCUAAUGGCAACAGGCCUGGACCCAACAACUCUUUUACCCAAGAGCAACUACAACAUUUCUUGCAAGCACAAAGACACAGACAAAUGAUGCAAACUAGUGCCGGGACACCAGUAAACAAAUCCAAUGUACCUAAUCGACCCGCCGGCAUAACGAAUACCAAUGUCACCACACCAGCAAAUGCUGUUUCUUCUUCGACUACGCCAUCAAAGUCAGCUGCUACAGCCUCACAGCAGCAACCAUCACCCUCAAGAGGAAUUAACCUUACUCCUGCUCAAGUGAACGCCCUAAUAAAUCAAAUACAAGCACAGAACCCCAACAUGUCGAAGGAUCAAGUAACUAAGUUUGCGGUUGCAUAUAUUCAGAACUUACAGAAUCAACGGGAGCGGUCUUCUAACGGCCACUCUACCCCUCAAGUGAGGACUGUGCCGACACCCACAAGAGCAACAGCUGGACCUCCUGUUUCAGCUUCCCCGGUAACAUCGAAUGCAUCACCUACAACUCCUGCUAGCUUGACCAAGGAAAAGUUGGAUGCUCUAGAAAACAGUCCCAACCUCACUCCCCAACAAAGACAACAGAUCACUCUAUUUAAAGCAAUGCAGGCCAGAAAUAAGAUGAACCAAGUAGCCAACAGGGGACAGGAGUCAGCAUCAGCGUCUUCAAACCUCUCAGCUUCCCCAAACACUGAUACUAAACAAACUACUGAUACAAAUAAAUAG